AUGAGCUUUCGCUUUCAAACGGCGCCGAUACCGCCACUCAACGGCUUGAAUCACGCACCUGCAACAACAGCAGCUGGUGAGCCAAGCAGCGACCAACCUAUGAACAGUACCACAAGCACACAGAUCAGCAUGUUUCCGCGUCAGCAGCUCGUCCCAACUGUUCGACGCAGUGAGGUCUCUGAAGAACAGCGCCAGGCAUUCAUAACGAUGCCAGCAAACAACCUCGAUGGCGAAGACAGUGGCGACGACGAUUUCCACGACGCACAAGAGGACCCGGAUUAUGACUUCUUCAACGGCUUUGGCGCCAACACUCAGCAGAAUGCCGCUCCGCCACGAGACCACCAGGUUGGAGCUUUCAGUUUCCCACAGACCUACACCGCGCACACCUAUCAGAACGCUGCGCCGCAGCAGCCACAGCACAGCAAUGGUUCUGGGCAUGUGAUGGACCUUACUGGUGAUGAAGAGCAAGAGGACACGAACUUCGAAUACGACCAGAGGCAUCACGAGUUUGACGAAGUCGCCAUACCAGAUGAAGACUUCCGAGAUCUUGGCUUCGAUCUCAACCAGUAUCAGCACGAAGGAGCGCAGCAGACAGCUGAUAGUUCACACCAUCAAGCGAGGGGCGGCUUCUCUUUCGACCAGCAGCCGUACCAGACCAGGGGCGGCUUCUCUUUCGACCGACAACCACAACAGCAUCAGCAGGGCCAGAUGAACGGCAACGAUUUUCCGCACGAACAACCUCAGCAGCAACAGGAACACCAAUACGAUGGCAACUACGCUUCCGACGACCAGCUCCGCAACAUGGGCAUACUCCACCCGAACACCGAGGACAUGGGAGCCACCUCGCCAAACGCCCCCCAAGACGACGACGACCUCUUCGCCUCCACCUUCGGCUCCCAAACCAAAGACGAAGACGCCGACUCCGACAUCGAGAUCGUCGACGCUCCCGCCUUCGACGCAGCCCUCAAAGCAAAGGGCUUCGCCUUCGACCCGUCCGAACACUCGAACGGCUGCAUCCGAAACCGCAUUCCCACCCUACCUCUCCCAACCCAAUCCACUCCCAAGUCCACCACACCCGAGACCAGACCAGCCCGCAAGAAGCGUGAAGCGCCUGAAAAGGACGUCUACGGCCAACCCUUCGACGGCCGCACCAAAAUCGGCCCCGACUACGACCGUGACCUCUCCGACCACCUCCGCAAACACUUCCGCUUCCACUCAAAAGUCUACGACCUCGUCCCGCGAGUGCCGCACUGGGAGGACCUCGAUUGGAACAGACGGUACUGGAUCGCCGUCCUGCUCGAGGGGAAGAAGCCGAAGAACGCCAACAGCGAAAGAGACUUCGUCUGGAUGAAGGGCAACAGGUUCAGUACGGUGCGGACGGUGUGGGAGAAGUACGUACAGACGACGCUUGCGGAUAGGAGUGGGGUGCUGGUGAUGGGGUAUGAGCAGGUGGAGAUGGGCGAUAGGAUGGAGGAGUUGGAUUACUUUGGGGAUCGGCUUUGUGUUUUUCGGGUCUUGCAGCCUGGACAUCCGGAUCUGGGGAGGGCGAAGAGUCUGGUGGAGGGGCUUGUUUUGGAGGUUAUUGAGAUUGAUUUGGAUGAUGAUUAA